AUGGUGGAAAAGUUUUUAGAAAAAUACUACCCACCGAGUGAGGCGUUGAAGAGGCAGUCAGAGAUCAUUUCGUUUGAGAUGACUCCCCAAGAGAGUAUCCGAGAAGCCUGGGAAAGAUUCAAGGGGAUGAUGAAGAGGUGCCCCAAUCAUGGGCUGAAUCCGACGCAUCAAGUCCUAGCAUUCUAUAGGGGGUGUCUGCCUGAAGCAAAGCGUGAACUGAACUUGAGCGCAGGGGGAUCAUUGCUAAAGAAGGGAGAAGCAGAGGCCAUGGAAGUGAUUGACAGAGUGACCUCUAAUGAUGAAGGCUGGAACAACGAGAGGAGAAUAGUACACAAGAUAGAGCUCCUCCAUAAGAAGAUAGAUCUCAUGGGGAUGGGACCGGCUGUACAGGAGCAGAAAGAGGGUGUAGAGGAUGUUAAUUACAUACACCAAGGGGGCAAUAGAUACUAUAACAACUCCCGCCCCAAUCAAGGGGGUGGAGGUUACAAUCAUUUUGGGAACAAGACGCAUCCUAACCUAUCGUAUGGGAACCCCAACAAUGCCCUUCAACCACCACCGGGGUUCACAGUUUCUCAAGGAAUGAUCACUGAGCCGCACAAGAACAUGGAGCAUACCAAUCAAAGGCUAGAGAAAGUUGAGAAUAAUAUGCAUGGCAUGGCAGGACAUAUGAAGAGCCUAGAAACGCAGAUGAGUCAGAUUGCCCAAGCCGUUGGACAAUUACAUCAAUCGGGGCAAUUCCCAAGUACUACAGUUCCAAAUCCGAAAGACUGCAAGGCAAUCUACUUAAGGAGUGGGACAAGCUAUAAGAGUCCUCCUAUGCCCGAGGUGGAAGCUAAUGAAGUACCCGAAGAGAAAGAUGAAGAGGAGAUUGAGGUGGAAUCACCUCUUAUGCAGUCCGAGGGUCAACCCGAGGCAAUUGCUCCUCCCACGCCACAAGAGGUUAAAAUUCAUUUUCCUCAACUGGUGCAAAAGAAGAAGUUGGAUGAGAAGCUUGUUAUGUUCCUCGAGAUCUUCAAGAGUGCACCUCAAUAUUCCUCUUAUUGA